AUGGUCGGCGUCGGCAACUGUCAACCCCGGUGGCGUUUCCCUGGAUCCCGCCAGCUGACCGUUCGCCUUGCACGUGCCAGGCUUCCUGACGUCGUGAGGCUGCUGCUGGCAGAUUUUGAAGCCGAGAGACGCUCCCCUUCGUGGAUCGCCUACCUUGUACAUCAUGUGACGUCGCGCGAGGCCGAUGUUCCCAGCCGCCCAGCCACCCAGCCACCCAGCACACUGUGGCAUGUGACCUGCCGUGGCUCCUCCACCCACUCACCCAACCACCCUCACACCACACGCUCCCGCCCCGCGCUGGCGAAGCGUGUGAGUGCCUCCCCCGAAGUACGCGUGCCGCACAACCGCCUUACGGCCUUUCGAGAGCCCGUAUGGGAUGGCACACAAAUGGCCUGGACCUCCGUGGGGCCCAUGCAUAGCGACGCACAGACCUCAGGAGAGCUGAUUGGUAAGCGCUGGCGGGCUGCUUUGUAA